ACUUCACCACUUCAGCUAAACCCCCUCUUCUUAUCCUCCAUAACCACACUCUCAUCUCUCUCUCUCUCUCAGAAUGCAUAUUCUCUCGGCGAGCGCCGUCACGGCGGUGCUGGCGUUCACAUUGCUGCUCUCCUCAACCACAAUUACAGCACACAACAUCACCGCAAUCCUCAACAAAUACCCCGAAUUCUCGACUUUCAACCAUUACCUCACCGAAACACACCUCGCCGCCGAAAUCAACCGCCGCAUUACCAUCACCGUAUGCGCCGUCGACAAUGCAGGCAUGGCCGACGUCCUCGCCAAACACCUCUCCAUCUCCGCCAUGAAAAACGUCCUCUCUCUCCACGUCCUCCUCGACUACUUCGGCGCUAAGAAGCUCCACCAAAUCACCGACGGCACCGCCUUAGCCGCCACCAUGUUCCAGGCCACCGGAACCGCCACCGGCACCUCCGGCUUCGUCAACAUCACCGACCUCAAAGGCGGAAAAGUCGGCUUCGGCGCCGAAGAUAACGGCGGCGUCUUGCCCGCUUCCUUCGUCAAAUCCGUCGACGAGCGUCCCUACAACCUCUCCGUCAUUCAAAUCAGUCAGAUCCUCACGUCGCCGGAGGCCGAAGCUCCGGCGCCGGCGCCGAGCACUCAAAACAUCACGAAACUCAUGUCCGCACACGGAUGUAAAGUGUUCGCCGACACAUUAUCAGCCUCCGACGCGCUAAAAACUUACGAAGACAACGUCGACGGCGGAUUAACAAUCUUCUGCCCUCUCGACGACGCGUUCAAAAAGUUUCAACCUAAAUUCAAAAACCUAACGGUCGCCGGGAAGCAAGCGCUUCUCGAAUCACACGCCGUACCGGUUUACGAGUCAAUGCAGAUGUUGAAACAGAAUAACGGCCUAAUGAACACGUUAGCAACAGACGGCGCUAGUAAAUUCGAUCUCACCGUUCAAAACGACGGAGACGAGGUGACGUUGAAGACGAAGCUCGUAACGGCCAGGAUAACGGGCACAUUGUUCGAUGAGCAGCCGUUAGCGAUUUACACGCUGAACAAUGUGUUGCUUCCCAAGGAGUUGUUUAAAGCGGCUUUAUCGCCGACUCCUGCUCCGGCACCGGCGCCGGAGGCGGCGGAUGCGCCUAAAGGCUCGAAGAAGAAGAAGAAGAAGAGUAAGGUAGCUAAUUCGCCGUCGGAUUCACCGGCGGACUCGCCUGAUGAAGAUCCUGCUGAUCAGACGGCGGAUGAUAACGGAGCUGUUGUAUCCAACGGUGGAGGAUUAGUGGCGAUUGUGAUGAGCGUAUGGUUGGUGUUGUUACAGCUGUAGUAACUUGAUUUAUUUUUGUCGGUUUGUUUUACUCGGGUUAAAUAAAUCAUUUCCCGUAAAUGAUUUGUUUUUUUUCUAAUUUUUUGUAUUUCUUUUAGUUCUGGGUUUGUGAGGUGUGAUUUAGGUUUUGUUUAUUGCUCGAGGUUGAGGGGGGAGUGUCAAGUGUUUUGGUUUUUUUUCUCUUUUAAUUUAUGUAUAUCAAUUGUAAGCGAAUUACUCUUAUUAUUUGUUAAUGUGAUUCACGGAUUAGAAAUUCAAAA